AGGUGACCUGUUCGAUCCCUACUUGAAGAUCGUGCGUAGGAGAGGCGGGGCUUUCCAAAGACUUGUGUUUGCACAGAAAAGGUGUAGCAACGUCAGGAUGGUGGGAGCGCUGAAGGUCGUGCUGCCUGUGCUCGGGGUAGCGCAGAUUGUGCUAGCCUCGCUUUACGCUGACCCUGGCUUUCAGAAGAUGAUUGUCAAGCUAUUGCUUGGAGAAAACUCGAAGGCGGGAGAAGGUGCCGCUUGCAGUGGCGUGAUCCUACAGCAACUUUGCCCUCUUUACCUGGGAAUGGCGGCUUUGAACAUCUGGAGUUGGGGAAUGGGGAGCGAAAUAAGGCCUAAGGUGGCGUUGGCCAACAUAUUUUCGAUGGCAGGAGUGCUAUACGCGCACUCCCGCGCUCCCAAUUCGUCCAUGUUCAACUCUGCGCCGGUGUGGGUGAGCGUGGCUGGCCUUGUCGCCGUGGUGGCCGGCCUCGUCCUUCAUCAGCUUGAACCGGGCCUACUGACCGAAGACAAGGCCUCCACCACAAAGGCAAGAACUGCCGGGACCAAGAAGAAUGCCUAAAUAUUCGCAAAAAAAUACUUUUUCCGCCGGGGCCAAAGCUGGAUUUACAAAAGUUCGUUUUCCAGACGUGUGUUGGUGACUGUGAUCGCGGUGUUGACCCCGCUGUGAUGUUGUCGACCAGGUACGUGACUUGCCAAUUUUGCCCCGUGGGCG